CUCUCUGAGGUAUUUCUACUCAGCAUCUUCAGGAUUACCAGACGUCCCGUCGUACAUGUCUGCUGGUUUACUGGAUGAUGUUCAGAUCAGUUACUGUGACAGCAUCGCCAACAGAAACAUCCCUAAACAGGACUGGAUGAACAAUGUUAGCUCAGAUAAUCCACAUUACUGGGAGGAGGAAACUCUGACAUGUCUGGCUAAACAGGAAACUCUCAAGGAAAACAUUGAAAUUGCAAAACUGCGUUUCAACCAGACGGGAGGUGUUCACAUUGUCCAGAGGAUGUACGGCUGUGAGUGGGAUGAUGAGAGUCAACAGGUUACUAGUUAUAACCAGUAUGGCUAUGAUGGAGAAGACUUCCUAACGUUGGACAUGGAGUCAAACAGAUGGAUUGCUCCAAAACAACAGGCUGUACUUACUACAAACAAAUGGAACAGUAAUACAGCUGAGCUGGAGUACAGAAAGAACUACCUCAACCAAGAGUGUCCUGACUGGCUGAAGAAGUAUGUUGACUAUGGGAGAAGCUCUCUGAUGAGAACAGUGCGUCCCUCAGUGUCUCUCCUCCGCAAGUUUUCCUCCUCUCCAGUCAGCUGCCACGCUACAGGUUUCUAUCCCAACAGAGCUGAAAUGUUCUGGAGGAAAAAUGGAGAGGAGAUUCAUGAUGGUGUGGAGAAAGGAGAGAUCGUCCCCAACAAUGAUGGGACCUUCCAGAUGAGCGCUCACAUCGAUCUGUCAUCUGUUCCAACUGAAGACUGGAGCAAGUAUGAAUGUGUGUUUCAGCUCUCUGGAGACAAGGAGGACGUGACCAACAGACUGGAGAAAACAAGAAUCUUGACCAAUGAAUCAAAUACCCCCAAUGUGAUCAUCCUUGUUGUUGCUGCUGUGGCUGUUCUUGGUCUCAUUGCUGUGAUUGGAUUCAUUGUUUACAAGAAGAAGAACGCCAAGCGUCCACCAUCUCCUGUGGUGAACGGUCAGCCUCCAGAGGAAACCCAAUUUCUGCCACAAGCAUGAAAAAGCAGAAACAAACACAAGUUCAUCAGUUUUCACUGACCAAGAAAUGGCACCACUUUCUCUUUUUUUGGGGUUAAAUUGUAUUUCAUGUAAUAUUGGACAUCUAUACAUGAACUCGUUCAAAUGCUGUUAAAUCAAAUGGGAGUCAUCAUACUAUUUUUAUUAUCUGGAAAAACAUUGAUAAUCAUUUUUUAAAUAAUUUCAACAAAGCUUAACUUUUCAGUCAACAGUUUUUCUGACAAUUGGAGUUUAUAUCUGCAAACAUUUUAUCUCUGGAGAUGUUGGCUACUGUGCCAGGGAGUAUAAUAUAUUGUGUUAACGUGUGUUAAAUGUUUUCUUAUCCAAAAAACUAUCAACACAUUAAUCAUUCUGGCUGUAAUAUAGUUACAGGGUUACGUUUUGCCUCAGCGAAUACUAUACAUUUGAUUUCUAGAUGUGACAAAAUUCACCUGAUUCUCAUAAAUAUUUUGGUUUUGAGUAAAUAUUGUUUCUAUAAUCACUGUCAGCUUAGUUUCUAUUGCUUAUUUGAUCUGUCUUAAGUUUUAUUUUUAUUUUAAUUAAAACAACUUUAAAAGGGUUUUCUUCAGUUGUUUCUAUCUAAUGUAGACAGUAAAAUAUUCUGUAAAGAUUUUUUUUCUGGUUUGUAGACAUUAUCUGGGGAUGAAUUUCUUAGGUUGAGUUUGGUAAAUUGGUGUUAUGUUGAA